AUGGCAACUGAAGCACAUCACUUUCCCAACACUAAUGACCAAGGCACUUCUACUAGUGCUGAUAACCCAAUUCAAAAGGAUGUAGAGUCAUCCGAAAUAACUGAGGAACACCCUAGUAGACAUGCACAAGGGAGGAGGAGAAACCUAAUCUUGGAGAUACCCACAAGAACGCUGGAUGAAACAAGACAGGAAUUUUUUAGAACAAACAAACCUCAGACUCCAUGUCAUAAAUACCAAAUAAAUGAGUUCCAAAGUCCCUUGUCAACCAAGAAUACAAAAACUCUUGCUCCCAAGCUCAGUUUUAAAUUUCGCAACACAAGUUCAGAUUUUGAAGAGGCUUCCCUCCCACUGCAAGAAACCAUGAUUUCAAGAACAUUAUCAUCUGAUGGGAAGAAAAUAUCAUCCUUACCUGUCACCCCAAAUGCUCAGUCAAAUCUGGAGUCUGAACAUGUAGGGAACAUUGCCUAUCCAGCAACACAUACUAAGAAAGGACAGCAAUUACCGAUGCAUCGUUCUCGUUCAGUUCCAGUGCUUUCCGAAAUUGGCAACACAUUUGUAGGUGCCAUGUUUCGUAUUGUUACUACUACACCAACAUCAUUCAAAUCUCCACCUGCUGAUACGGCUAAAAAUGAGGAUGGAGAAGAUAUUCCUGAAGAAGAAGCCGUCUGCAGAAUUUGUUUGAUUGAAUUGGGGGAAGGUUGUGAUACCCUUAAAAUGGAGUGCAGCUGCAAAGGUGAACUUGCUCUGGCACACCAAGAGUGUGCAGUUAAAUGGUUUAGCAUUAAAGGCAACAGAACAUGUGAUGUGUGCAAGCAGGAAGUUCAGAACCUACCUAACUUCCACAGGGUUUGGCAAAAUGUUCCCAUUCUUGUUAUCAUCAACAUGCUAGCAUACUUUUGUUUUCUUGAGCAGCUACUUGUUUCAAGUAUGGGAUCUGGUGCCGUUGCCAUUUCUCUUCCUUUUUCUUGUAUAUUGGGUCUACUUGCAAGCAUGACAUCCACAAUAAUGGUGAGGUGUGAACAUGUUUGGGCUUAUGCAAUUGUCCAAUUUGUUGUGGUGGUCCUCGCUGGACGUCUUUGCUAUUCACUGCUUAAUAAGCAAGCUGUUCUAUCUAUCCUACUUGCUACAUUUACUGGGUUUGGAACUGUAAUGUGUGGAGCUUUCAUUCUUAUUGAGUUUUUGAAGUGGAGAAGACGAUGGGUUGGUCAGUUGAAUCAACAACGUGGUUCUCAAGAGGUGGUACUACCUCAUCAACCUCACACAGAUUCUCCAUGGCAUCAUGAAGAUAAUGUGAGAGACACUUCAGUGCAUGUGAGCUGA